AUGUCCAAGCCGCGGCAAAGGAAAUUCACCGAAAACUUAUUAUUAGGGCUGAAAGCAAUCAUUCUUUUAUCGACUGCACAAGCUGCUUCCGUAUCAGUAACAAAUAAAACGGGAAAAUUAUUGAAACUUCACUGCGCUUCUGGAAGUGAUAAUAUUGGUACAAAAAUUUUAAAAAAUGGAGAGUCCAUGUCGUGGUCUUUCGGGUAUAACAUUUUCACCUUAUUCUACUGUGAUGCAUCUCAAGAUGGCAUCAAAAAACACUGGGAUGUCUUUGACUAUGAAUUAGUUAAUAAUUAUAGUAAAAAGAGAAAACUUAGUUGGGUUGUAACCAGAUACUUAAAAGAUGUUUAA